AUGGGUCUCCGACACCUUCUGCCUGCUUCUCUGCUCGUGGGAGCCGCGCUGGCGAAUCCCCAUCUCUAUCGCCGACAGGAUGGCCCCGUCGACCCCGGCACGGCGUCCGAUUGCACCUAUUACGACACGGCCCUCGAUUCAACCUAUACCUGCGAGUAUUUCGAGUUCAACUGGGGUUUGUCUCAUGAAGACUUUGUCUCCUACAAUCCCUCCGUCCUCGACGACUGCAGCGGUAUCAAGGUCGGCAAUUCCUACUGUGUCGAGGUCAACAAUGGCCAGCCUCGCCCGACGACCACCUCGUCAACCCCGACCAGCACGGCGACUCCCAAGCCGUCGCCCACGCAGGACGGUCUGAUCGGCACCUGCACGGCCUUCUACCUGGCCGUCGCCGGCGACACCUGCGACAAGAUCGUCUCCAAGUACGGAGGCACCUUCACGACGGCCGACUUCAUCGCAUGGAACCCGGCCGUCGGCGCCGACUGCAGCGGCAUCUGGGCCAAGACCUACUACUGCGUCGGGGUGCCCGGCACGCCGACAGGCAAUCCGUCGACGACGACGACCGCGCCAACGGGAGGCCCGUCCCCGACGCAGGACGGCAUCAUCGCGACGUGCUCGCGCUUCUACCAGGCCGUGGCCGGCGACACUUGCGACAAGAUCGCCGCCCGGUACGGCACCUUCUCCACCGCCGACUUCAUCACCUGGAACCCGGCCGUCGGCGAGUUCUGCAGCGGCAUCCAGGUCGGCUACUACUACUGCGUGGGCACUCCGUCCACGCCGACCACCACCACCACGCCCACGGGGCCCGCGCCCACCCAGACCGGCAUCAUCGCCACCUGCAACAACUUCUACCAAGCGGUCAGCGGCGACACCUGCGACAAGAUCGUCGCCAAGCACGGCACCUUCUCCCUGAGCCAGUUCCUGAGCUGGAACCCGGCCGUCGGCAGCGACUGUUCCGGCCUCAUCGCCACGUACUACUACUGCGUGGGUGUGCCGGGAACCUCGACAUCCAAGACCACCACGACCACGACAAGUACCACCGCCUCCGGGCCGUCCCCCACACAGACCGGCAUCAUCUCCACCUGCAAUCGGUACCACAAGGCCGUGGACGGUGACAGCUGCGCCGGCAUCGUCAAGCAAUACGGUACCUUCACGCUGGACCAGUUCCUCGCCUGGAACUCGGCCGUGGGAGCCGACUGCGGAGGCCUGUGGCUGGGAUACUACUACUGCAUUGGUAUGCAUUCUCGCGUAGCGUUCUAUGAAGACGCGGGCUAA